GCAGCGAGUUGGUCCUCCUCAACACUAGUCCGAUUCUUCCGUUAUCAUUUCUUGCUCUUUUUUUCAGUCUUAGUUCUGGGCCAGACAAUGGCAAACAGGACAGUAAAGGAUGCGCAUAGCAUCCACGGCACCAAUCCUCAAUACCUGGUAGAGAAGAUUAUCCGCACUCGCAUCUAUGAGUCCAAAUAUUGGAAGGAAGAAUGCUUCGGUUUGACUGCCGAACUGGUUGUGGAUAAAGCUAUGGAACUGAGGUACGUUGGUGGAGUUUAUGGUGGAAAUAUCAAGCCAACGCCAUUCUUAUGUUUAACUCUGAAGAUGUUACAGAUACAACCUGAAAAAGAUAUCAUUGUGGAAUUUAUCAAGAAUGAAGACUUCAAAUAUGUGAGAUUGUUGGGUGCCUUAUACAUGAGACUAACUGGCACUGCCAUUGACUGCUACAAGUAUCUUGAGCCCUUGUACAAUGAUUAUCGAAAAAUAAAAAGCCAAAAUAGAAAUGGGGAGUUUGAAUUAAUGCACGUGGAUGAGUUUAUUGAUCAACUGCUCCACGAUGAGCGUAUGUGUGAUAUCAUUUUACCUAGACUACAGAAACGGUAUGUCUUAGAAGAAGCUGAACAGCUGGAACCACGCAUCAGUGCACUGGAGGAAGAUAUGGAUGAUGUGGAGUCUAGUGAGGAUGAAGAAGAAGAGGAUGAGAAGAUGGAAAGGGCUCCCACACCUGAUCACAGGAGAAGAGGCUAUAGGGAUCUAGACAAACCCCGCAGAUCUCCAACUCUGCGAUAUAGAAGAAGCCGAAGCAGAUCUCCUAGAAGACGAAGCCGAUCUCCAAAGAGAAGAAGUCCUUCUCCACGCCGGGAAAGACACCGUAGUAAGAGCCCAAGGCGACAUCGAAGCAGAUCCAGGGAAAGACGGCACAGAUCAAGAUCUAAAUCUCCAGGGCAUCAUCGUAGCCAUAGGCAUCGCAGUCAUUCCAAGUCCCCAGAAAGAUCUAAAAAAAGCCAUAAGAAGAGUCGUCGGGGGAAUGAAUGACUUGGUCAGUGUAUCUGAGCCAACCUUGUUUGUAGAUAUGCGCUCACAAGAUGUGUAGCAGCUGCCGCAGCAGUAAAUUUUUUAGUAUUUUGGACAAUGUAGUAUUUGUUUUUGUCUGAUAUCAAGGGGAAAGUUUUCAAUGUACAAUCUGUUUAAAUUCUUUUGAAAGCCAGUUUAAAAAGCCAACAUAAGGAACUGUUUAAAUUCAUUUCAAGACCUGUUAAUAAAAUAUUGUUUAUUUGGCGUUUUUACAA